GGAGACGAAUCUCAAUCACGAGAAGAAACCAGCCUCGAAGAAGAAUAAAGAGGAUGAGAAAGAAGCAAAGUGCCAACGUGACGCGCAGAAAGCUGGGGUAAAGUGCGAUGAGAAUGAGCAAUACGAGAAUGAGCAAUACGAGAAUGAUCUCCGUGAAUUCGGUAAGAAGUUUGCUAAUCGAGCUCGACGAGAACGGAGAGAGAAUCUCGAUGCGGAGCGCGAGAGUGUCGAAGCUCUCGAGAAGGAGCUCCGAGAGCGUCAAGAACCUCAGACUGGAACAAAGAGGAAGGCAGACGAUAUGGAUGAACCCGAGCCCGAGUCCUCGGCCCAGUCCCCCAAUUCUGAUACUGUGAGCAACAAGCGUGUCCGUUUCACCCGCCCGGAGGUCACAGGGGUCAGCCAGCCACCAUCGACUGCCGAGACGCUGCCUCAUCAACCAUCGCCAGAACACUUGCGACGAGUGAAGGCCGCGAAGCACGUUCUGAGGGUCCGAGACGAUCACUACGCCGUCUUAGGCUUUCAUUACACCCCAAUGCUAACCGUUGCACAACUCAACAGCGCCAAGCGACAUACACUGCUCCAAACCCAUCCCGACAAACUGCCUGCAUCGCAGACGGCUCUAGCCAAAGAAGCCACCCAAAUAGUUAACGCGGCCUUCGAGCUUCUCAGCAACCCCCAGAAGAAGUCCAAGUACGACCGCGAGCGUAGACAAUUUUCCGCACAGCGCGCAAACUCAUUUCCAACUAGCUCUUCUUCUGACUCGGCGAGACCGCAACCAACGCCAACUCCGACAAUGCCAUCUCGGACUACCCCACAGGAACCCUACUGGAGCCCUCCAAAGCCUUAUAAUUUUGGUGGCUUCGGCGGCUAUAACAGCUAUGGUGCCGGCCCAUCCUAUACAUGUCCGAGUCCAGCCACCAACUGGGCUUUUCCUGGUCCCGCUAGGGUUCCACAUCCUUCUGGCGGAUGGGCGGACUCUGGGAUGCACGGUGGGUUUGGGAGCGCUCAUUCUCAGGGGGGAUUCAUGAAUUCUCACUCUCAUGUCGGAGAGCCGAACUCUCGGCGGCCCGUUUGUGUCAAUACCAGAUUCUAUGGCAGACCUCACUUCCUUGAUGAAUUAUCGUGAUGGCUAAAAUUGGGAGGACUCUUUGGAAACUGCUGUAUAUAUAUAUAUGUAGACGGCAAUGAAAAAAUUAGAAAC